AUGAUGCUGCUGAAGCACCAAAAAGGUUUUGUUCUGUCAUUUUCAGCAUUGCUGCUUCUUUUAGCAAUGAAUUGUCACUGUUCUUCUGCUCAUACUCAAUUCAUAGUUGGAGAUUCAGCAGGUUGGGUUAUUCCACCUUAUCCAACCUACUACACCAAUUGGUCUCACAACCAUUUCUUUAGAGUUGGUGAUUCUCUAGUAUUCAACUUCGACCCAAAAUUCUACAACUUAAUGGAGGUAUCAGAGUACGAGUACGAGCACUGCACAUCAAUGGAGCCUCUCAAAGUGUUCAACAGCAGCCCAGCAAUCAUCCAACUCAACCAGAAUGCCUCCUUCUUCUUCGUCUGCACCAUCGCCAACUACUGUUGUCUUGGCCAGAAGCUCGCCGUCUCCGUCCACCAAAGGACUCAUAACAACAAACCUCCGUCUCCAUCGCCAUCUCCAUCGCCAUCGCCAUUGCCUUCUCAUGCACCACCACCUCCCACGCCGCCACUGCCACUGCCUCCGUCAGCAAGUAAUUCUAAUGGUUCUGCUAGCAAUCCUCCUCCUUCUUCAAAUAAGACAAAUAAUGCAGUGGCAUUUGGAACUAAUUUCAGUGUUUAUCUGCUUCCACUCUUGCUCUUAGGGUUUUGGAUGUUCUAG